ACAAUAAAUUUUAUACAGUCCAUAAUGUAACACCUACUUUUAUAAAUUGGGGUCCUGAAGAACCAAAUAACUAUCGUGGUAACGAAAAUUGUGUGCAAUAUAGGAUCUACUAUGGCUUUUGGAAUGAUGAACCAUGCAAAAGAUCACACCAUUUCAUUUGUCAACGUAUGAGGAUAAAAUAUAUUAAUGAAUGCUUGUCCGACCCUUGUCAUGUCAAUGCUAACUGUACUGACACUAAAGAAUCUUUUGAAUGUCAAUGUAACGAAGGAUACACUGGAAAUGGGAUCUCUUGCACGAAUAUCAAUGAAUGUUUGAGUUCUUGUGAUGUCAAUGCAAGCUGCACUGAUAAGGAAGGUUCUUAUGAAUGUCAAUGUAACGAUGGAUACACUGGAAAUGGGAUCUCUUGCACGAAUAUCAAUGAAUGUUUGAAUGUUCCUUGUGAUGUCAAUGCAAACUGCACUGAUAACGAAGGUUCUUAUGAAUGUCAAUGUAACGAAGGAUACACUGGAAAUGGGCUCUCUUGCACGAAUAUCAAUGAAUGUUUGAAUGUUCCUUGUGAUGUCAAUGCAAACUGCACUGAUAACGAAGGUUCUUAUGAAUGUCAAUGUAACGAUGGAUACACUGGAAAUGGACUCUCGUGUACAAAUAUCAAUGAAUGUUUGAAUGUUCCUUGUGAUGUCAAUGCAAACUGCAUUGAUAACGAAGGUUCUUAUGAAUGUCAAUGUAACGAUGGAUACACUGGAAAUGGACUCUCGUGUACAAAUUUACCAACUUCACCAAAGUCUUCAUCUGUUGAGUCAACAAUCAUAGGUGUUGCAGCUGGAAUAUCUGCUGUUGUUGUUUUUGUUAUUAUCAUUGUUGUUGUUGCCGUUGCUUGCUUCUGUAAAUCAAAAAAAAAAAAGGAACAACAUCAGGUAGUUGAGCUUGAGGCAAAAGUUGAGCAUGACAAUGGAGAUCAAAUAUACGAAGAGCCAGGCGAUGUCAUCGGCAAAAUUCCUUCAAAUUUUAGUGAUGAAGAGCGUUAUGAAAUCAUUCAUAAACAGGACGUUCCUCUCCCAAAGCUUCCGACACAAAAUAAAGACGAUGAAGGUAAAUCAGAACAUUCACCAGAGAACUUGGACUACGUAGCAGUAAUUGACCAGCAUUAUCAGCCAUUGAUUCUUCAAACAAACGCCGCUCCCACUGAACAUGACGACCAGCAAGCGUUGCCGAGUACUAGCUUUAAAAAGGCGAAUUAUGGUACUGAUCUGCAGGAAAAGUUAAUUAUCACAGCAUGAAUGGUAUGCCUAACAAGUUGAAAUAUAUUCUGGAUGAAAUAUCAAGUAUGGUAUGGUUAAGUAUGUACUACUCAUGCUGCAUCAACGAAUUGAGGUGCUAGCUAAAGUUUUGUUUUAAUCAUGGUGGGGAGAUUGUCGGAAGUCCGCUCCAUAAACACCAAUGAAUAUAUGAUUUUUACUUAAUUGUUUAGUAUGUAUGAAGUAUUUUGUAGGAAAUGUGCGCCUCUCUGCACCACUCCUCAAAAUUCAUUUGUGCAUUUUAAAUCUUGAGAGGACUAUUUUCAAGAGAAUUGUUUCCUUUUAUUUCAUAAAGAAGAAAAUGAACUCGUAAACCA